CAGAACCCAAAAACCAAAGAAACCAAAUCCCAAACACAAAAACCCAAAAAAGAGGGGAAAUAAACAUUAAAAAAAGGUAUCUCAAACCUUCUUCUUCUUCCCCAUCAAUCUUUGGUUUCCUCUCUCCCGAACCCUCCCCAACCUCGGUAAACUUCAGCCAGCAGCCGCACCUCCAUCAGCCGGCGAUGGAGCUUCCCAUGCCCCAAAACAUCUUCCUCACCGACCCAUCACUCGUCCCUCAUCCCUCGGAUCUCUGUUUUUCCUCGUGCAUCCUCGGCUUUCUCUGCCUCUCAUCUCCCGGAUCUUACUCCUUGAACAACCGGUAGCCUUCCUUCGAAGCCACCGGUGAUCUUCUUUUCCUUCUCUCAUCAUGAGCUUCUUUGCCACAUCGAAACCCCUUUGAAUCCUUUUUUCCUCUUUUCACGCAACCUCCACCUUUCUCUGGAUCCCUUCUUCUCCCAUAUAGCCGAUGCUCAUCUGUCAAAGAAAUUGCCGGCGAUCUUGGCUUCAAACCACCUUCUCGAACCGUUCCAGCAGUCCAGCACCAACCACACCGGUGAGUGAGCAGCAGGAUGAGCGAGAGUACAGUCAGAUCUACCAACCAGCAACGGAGGUGAGGUGCACGCGAAGCUCCAACGACUCGGCAAAGCUUUAAUCUCCCAUUGGCUGGUUUAGAUUUGCAGAUCUAUACUACUACAGAGCACGAAUGGAGUGACGAGAGGCCAUAUGCAUUUCACAGAUUUUUGUAAAAGGAUCAAGAUCGGAGAGGCCCAAAUGCAUUGCAGAUUCGGGUAAAGGAGAAACAGAUUUGAAAAGCCCAAAACCGUGGAUCCUAAACACCCAGAGAGUGAUUUCUGGAAUGUUCUUUAGGGUUUCUUUGUUUGGGUAUAAACAGAGGGUUUUAGGUUAGAAAAAGGGGGGUUCUUUUGGUUGAGUCUAGUGUUGACGGCGGGGAAAAGGAGGGUUUUUCUGCUGGAAGGGGACUGUGUUUGAGAAAGGAGAUUGAGGAAUUUCAUCUUCGGUUGCCAUUGUUAGGUAUAGUUCUGAACAGAGUAUUUUUGUUAGGAAUGGUGAAGGAGAUGGUGGAAGCUUGAUCCCGUAGGUGGGGAUUCCUUCCAUCAGAUCCAGAUCUGUUUUUCGUUCAAAAAUCCACCGUGCUUGUUUUUAUUUUUUUGUGGGCGUUUGUUUUCUUAAAUCUGAUGUUAAGUUUGUGUAUGUUUCGUUGAAAAAUGAAUGAAAAAUCAAGUGUUUA